UGUGUUGGUGGUGUUGGUGUUGGUGUUGGUGGUGUAUAUGUGGGAGCAGGAGGAGAGACUCUGCAGUGUCUUGGCAGCUGCAUUAGUGCAUCUCCCACCGUCCGCGAUGCCUCCGCGGCCAAUGCCUGCCUCCUCCGCGUCCACUUGACAGCAGAAACCAAUAUGAACUCGUCGGGAAACUGAGCCGGACGUUCACACUAGGCUAUAUAUCGCCGUGUGCCCCCGGAGACGGUCCGGAGCGCUUCAUUCACGCACAGAAACCCCGUGACGAGAAUUGUUAAUGGAAAAUGGCGAUAGGCAAAAGGUCUUGCAGCAUCGUCUGCUUGGUAUCUAUCCAGAUUAUCUUGAUUUUCAGCGCAUCGUGGCCUGGAGCAGCGGCUCUCACAUUCCCCCAGCAGUACACGAUAAUGCACUGGGCCAGGCGUAUCGAGCAGGAGAUUGACAGAGUCUUUCAGCACAUCACUGGAGCUCAGCAGUUGAAAGGGAUUUACAAUGAAGAAAGACGACGGUUCAGUCUGGUGAAGAAUCAGCCUCGGAAGAUUGUGGAGAAAGUGGCCUCGGACAUAGAGAAACUCCUGGCUAAGAAGCGCAAAGCACUCGAUAGAUUAGCCAGCGAAGCAGAGCGGCUCCAGAGAGAGCACCCAUGGCAGGAUGGAAUCAAGGAGCUGGACAUGGCUUAUUAUGACUCCAAGGCAGAGCUGGAUUAUUACUCCAUGGACGGAGAAGGAGAGGUGGAGAAUCCUUCACACAUCAAGCUGGAGUUUGUUUACGAUCCAAACUUCAAAAACAACGUCAACUAUUCCUACACAGCCGUUCAGAUUCCCACAGAUAUUUAUAAAGGAGCUCCAGUCAUUUUGAAUGAGUUGAACUGGACGCAGGCGCUGGAGAAAGUGUUCAUGGAGAACAGUCAGGAGGAUCCGUCGCUGCUGUGGCAGGCGUUUGGGAGCGCAACAGGUGUCACUCGCUACUACCCAGCUACACCUUGGAAAGCCCCCGAUAAAAUCGACUUGUAUGACGUCAGGAGGAGACCCUGGUACAUCCAGGGAGCCUCCUCCCCCAAAGACAUGGUCAUCCUUGUUGAUGUGAGCGGCAGCGUCAGUGGACUCACCCUGAAGCUCAUCAAAGCGUCAGUGAUGGAAAUGCUCGACACGUUGUCUGAUGACGACUACGUCAACGUGGCCAGGUUUAACGAGAAGGCCGAGGCUGUGGUUCCCUGCUUCAAACACCUCGUCCAGGCUAACGUGCGCAACAAAAAGAUCUUCAAGGAUGCAGUGCAGCAGAUGCAGGCUAAAGGCACCACCGACUACAAGUCUGGAUUUCAUUUUGCCUUCAACCAGCUGUUAAAUAAGACAAAUGUUCCUCGGGCCAACUGCAAUAAAAUAAUCAUGCUGUUUACUGACGGAGGAGAGGACAGAGCUCAGGAUGUCUUCAUGCAAUACAACUGGCCCAACAAAACGGUUCGAGUUUUCACCUUUUCUGUGGGUCAACACAACUAUGAUGUCACACCUUUACAGUGGAUCGCAUGCACCAAUAAAGGUUACUAUUUUGAGAUCCGUUCCAUCUGUGCUAUAAGGAUUAACACCCAGGAGUACCUCGACGUGCUCGGGCGCCCCAUGGUUCUGGCAGGCAGCGAGGCCAAGCAGGUUCAGUGGACCAAUGUGUAUCAGGAUGCUCUGGGCCUUGGCAUGGUAGUAACUGGGACUUUGCCUGUAUUCAAUCUCACCAUGGAUGGAAACUCACAGAAUCAGCUGAUAUUAGGUGUCAUGGGAGUCGACGUGCAUCUUGACGAGAUAAAGCGACUAACACCGCGGUACAAUCUUGGAGCCAAUGGAUACAUAUUUGCAAUCGAUCCAAAUGGAUAUCUUCUGCUUCACCCGAAUCUUCAGCCAAAGCUGGUGAACCUCCCUGAGCCUGUGACUCUGGACUUCCUGGAUGCAGAGGUGGAAGACAGCAGUAAAGAGGAGAUCCGGCGACAGAUGAUUGAUGGAAGACCAGGCGAAAUGCAGAUCAAAACUCUCAUCAAGUCGAUUGAUGAGCAAUACAUUGACGAGGUGUUCAGAAGUUACACCUGGACUCCGAUCAACGGCACAGAUUACAGUCUCGGUCUGGUAUUACCCCCCUACAAUGAGUAUUUCAUCCAGGCUGACCUGAGCGAUGUGAUGCUGCAGCUCCAGUAUAUGCAGUCGCUGCUGCCCAGCUCCUUUGAAUCCUCAGGACAUGUGUUUCUGGCUCCAAGGGAAUACUGCAAACGGCUGCAUCUCUCUGACAACAACACGCAGUUUUUGCAGAACUUCCUCUCGCUCAUGCUGGACAUUUCCCCAGAAUCUGAUGAGUGUGACCAAGGCCUCAUCCACAACCUCAUUUUGGAUUCCAGGAUCAUCGGGCAGCUGGCCUCUCGCGUUUGGAAGAACAAGGACCUGAAUUCGUACGGCUUCCUGGCUGUAUUUGCGUCCACUGAUGGAGGAAUAACACGUGUGUUUCCCAAGAUAGCUGCUGAGCUUUGGGACGAGGACCCUGAACCCUUCAACUCAAAUUAUUACAGAAGGAGCCUUGAUAACAAAGGCUACAUGUUCAGAGCUCCAUCGAGAUCCUCGUUGGACGACCCUAUCGGUGCAGAAAACGGCACAAUUGGGAUUCUGGUCAGUUCCGCUAUAGAGGUGAAUUUGGGAGGCAAACUGCUCAAACCUUCAGUGGUCGGGGUGAAGCUGGACUUGGAGGCGUGGGUGGACAAGUUUAAGAUCCUGGCCAGCAACGUGUCAGACAGUCGACAGGGCUCACACAAGUGUGGACCAUCCAGAAGCUGUGAGAUGGACUGUGAAGUGAACACUGACGACCUCCUCUGCUAUCUCAUCGAUGAUGGUGGAUUCCUGGUCAUGUCCAACCAGAGAGAUCACUGGAAAAAGAUCGGUCUUUUCUUCGGUGACGUGGACCCUUACCUGAUGCACGCUCUCUACAACAACACAAUCUUCAGCCGCCGUCAGUCUUUCCACUUCCAGUCUGCGUGUGAACCGGUCACCAGCAGCCACACUGGUGCAGCACCGAGGGGCAUCUUUGUGCCGUCCAUUGCAGACAUCCUCAGCUUGGCCUGGUGGACGUCCACGAUGGCUUGGUCCGUGACCCAGCAGCUACUGUAUGGACUUGUGUACAACAGCUGGUUCUACCAAGAUGACGUUCUGGUGGAAGGUUUUGAGACGAGGGAGAGCAGCUGUGUGACCAUCCAAAGCCAGUUCUACUUUACAAACACCACCAACUCCUACAACGUGCUGCAGGACUGUGGAAACUGCUCACGGCUGUUCCACGCCAAGCGGAUAGAGAACACCAACCUGCUCUUCGUGGUCGCUGAGACGCUGCCCUGCAGCUCAUGUGAGAUAGAGAGACUGACACAGAUCAGGACAGAGUUUCAGGAGGAGAAUCCAUGUGAAGUGCUGAGCAACGCACGGUAUCGUAAAGGCCCGACAUCCUGCUUUGACUACAGUGCCUUAGAAAACACGUCAGAGUGUGGACGGGGUCAUGCACUGCAGUCCUCCUUAGGAGUCCUUCUCUUUAUUCAGCUCAUUCUGCCUCUUUUUCAUCUCUGACACGUGCAAACACUCUAACUGACAUCUUUCAUCUCUUUGGGUUUAGGCUCGGAUCUACUGAAGGUCAGAUCAAACAGAAACUGCAAAAUUCUUCUUUUUUGAUCUACAAAUGGCACACUUGUGCUUGAAAAAAAACGGGGAUCAGCUCUUAGUGUUUUUUGCCUUAUUGCUUAUGCAUUUGCUGGUGUUUCAGGGCUUGAGUGCAAAAUAUAGGAAGAGAAUGUGUUGAGUGUGCAUGCUACUUAAACUAGGACAAGCAUGUUUAACAUUUUUGCACACAGGCUCAGCCAUAUAAGCAACCACCAAAAAGUCAGGGAGGCAGCUGAAAUGUAUUUUAAACAGGCCAAUAAAUGAUCAGCCAGCAGGAACUGACGUCAGUCACAGCUUUAAGUUUGAUUCUGGUGGUGAAAUGAUAAAAGAUAUAAAACUCAUCUGCACCUUUUUGCUUUGUGGUGAAUACACAGUGGUGGAAAGAAGCAUUCAGAUCUUAAACCUGUAAAGUUCCUCUAGAAAAAGCAGUAAAAGUCUUGCAUUCGCGAUCGACUUAAAAGCACAAUGGGUAUGAUUUGAAACGGCUUUGUUUACAUCAAAGCCCUUAAGAACAGAGCUGAGCUUUGUAGCAAAUUUGGCAUAAUGGCCAAACAGAGGAAUUAAAAUCUCCUUGGUCUUUCAUCUGAUGCCAUGAGGCCCAGAAAGACUUUUUCCAUAAACUUGCAUUGUGAAAGAGACGUCUGUAAAUUGAUUGAUAAUUAAUCUUACUUAUUUAAAUCAUUAUUUCCUAAAAAAAUGUCUAAAUCACUAAAUCAAGAGUUAUUUUCCUUCUUCUGUUCACGUAAAUGAGCCUGAAACUAAGCAGUUGGAGGGCGUGGCUAAAGGAAAUGCUGCUGUGCUUGCUUUAUGGGCAAGGGUCACCAUAAAAUCAGAGUAAUUUUAUACACAGAAUUAAUUGGAUUCAUGCACCACUGAACAACUCUCAUAGGAAUGAACGGGGCCCCUCCUCCAACACUGUUUCCAGUUCCCUUUAUACAUCCACAGUUUACAUCCACAAUUAUUUGCUCCCUGUCUUCUUCUUCCCUAUAUUUUUCUGCCGUAUUGCAGCAUUUCUUGACACGGUACUGCCAUGAGUAGAUCUUUUAUUUUCAUCGUCUGAACAGCUCUGAGUAUAUUUAUAUGACUUUAGCUGUGGGUUAAACAGCAUCCUGGAUGGCUCAUUAGAUGAGUCCCACCUCAGAAGUUAACUGUUUAUAUGGAUUCAGAAUUUCCAUACAACUGCUGGGUAAAGCUAUCCAAGGCAUUUACACAACUUUACAUUGUGCACACCACACAUAAAGCUUACUGCUGCAGCAUGAAAAUGUAAAUAGACUGAAUCUGCUGAGCUCAGACGCUGCUGCUGCUGCUGCUGCUUCUGCCAACUUCUGCUUUUGUUGGCUUUGUGAGAUUCAAAAUGAAUUAUCUUUGCCAGUUUUCAUUUGCAUGUCCGGUCCUAGUAAAUGUCUUUGCACAUGGAGGAUCUCCCUGCACCUGCAGCAGUUUUUACAUGAUAGUAAAUCCGGGCCUUAACCUCACAUUCACUUCAGUGUCUUUCAAUCCACCUCUGACCUUUGCCAAGACAGUUUCAGUACUAUAAAUUGUAUCAAACAUGACAUGACUCAGAAUGAUUUCUCUCUGCCGUUUCAAGUCUCUUACAUAUCUACGUCUAAGUAUAUCCAGAAGUAAUUUUCCCCCCUAAAAUUACUUUCUAAGAGCACUUUGACAAAUGAAAAAGCCAGUAUGAGGAAAAAUACCAGUGUUCGACCUCCAGAUAUUUUGUGACUUUCAACAUAAAAGGAAUUUCACUGAUAUAAUUGUCAAAGUCAACAUUUGUUUUUGCAGAAAUGCCUCCACCGAUAGUCGGUAUGAUCCUGAAGUGCUUCCAGUUGAAAAUAAUUAUUAAAGGUUGUAAAAUCAGACAGAAACAAACCAAAACUAUCAAAUGUUCACAGUGAUUUUGUUAGAAAAACGUAUUCCUCCAAACCACUGCAUGGUUUAGUGCAAUAAUGCUGUGAUAAUCUAAUUAUUUUAGCAGUAAUUAUCAUCAAUUUAUCAGAUUUAGAUUUAAAAUAAUGUACAUGCCGUGUUAAUUAUCUUUGUGGUCUUAUAGCACAAAACCUGCAGACGUCAGUGUGUGGCCGACGUGUUUUAAACAUCAGUUGUUUGUUACAAGGGAAGCUCUCUGUUCUUUUUUGUAUCUUGUAUCGCCACUAUUUGUCAAACCUGAAUUUAUGCACUUACGUAUGCUUCUGUAUGAGGAAUGUAGCUUCUGAACAGCUUUCGGUGUUAUCAAUAUGUUAUUAGUAUGUGAUGCUUUUUGACCCUCUGUUGAGAUUCCUCUGAUGUCUCUUUGAAAGUGAUGAUUCGCUGCAGCAGAAUAUUCAGAUUUUAACAUGCAGACCUCAUCACGGUGAUGAUAUCUGAUUCAACUUUUUAAUAUAUUAUCCAGCUGUAACACUCAGUUACUUAUUCACAAUGUCCAGUUUGAAUGCAUGGGAUCACACAGGUCAUUUGUUUUAUUCCAAGAUCAAAUAGUAAGCAGGUUGUUUUCACUAAAACUCUUCAUCUCUUGUUUAAUUUGAUGAACAAGGCUGCAACAUAACUAUUGUGCGAUAGUAAAAAUCCAGCUUUAACAUAGAAAAAUAUAUCAUUUAAUUUAAAUUUAAAGUUUUUGGACUACAAAAUAACUCUAUUUGUGGAAACCGUCAAAUGUUGUAUUUUCUAACCUAUAUUUAUUUGCAAUGCUAUUUUUGUGCCUUCAAAGCAUUAAAUCAAUUCAAUAUUUGCAUUCAAUUAAUUCGGAAAUGCAUUUUCAUAUCCUCAUAGUGUACUUUUAUCAUAUCAAAAAACACACGUGUAACUCCUGUCUUCUCUCCCCUCGAAUAAUAACAAGGAACUUUGAACAGAAUAAAUAUCUGUUACAGUCACAUUAUUUGUGCUUUCCCUAAUAACUUAUUCAGACUCUCGUACAUUCCUUUUCCACUUUCAGCAGAUAAAUGUGAAAACUCUGCACAUACAUCAUUCUGCAGUGAAGCUCCAACACCCGAGCGAAGUAACAAUACGCAAAACACAUUUUCAGGCCAAGAGGGUUUUAAAUUAUUAAAAACAACUCUAGUAAAGAAGACUGAACAGUGGUCGAGUCUUUGGAUCACUGUCUUGUCCGUGAGGAGUUAUGCAUGAUAAAAUCCUGAAAACAUUUCCCCACAGUGAUUCAUCAGCCCCUGAUGUCUCUUUGUGUUUUUGAUCUGGUUAAAGAGUUAAAGGGGGAUAUUUUUAAAAAGCUUUUUUGACAAAAUAUUUGUAAAAUGCUGUUUAUCUCCGUCUGCCUGGUGUUCCACCCUGCAGUGCCUUGCUGCACUCAUCUUGGAUGGCAGGAACAUUUGGCUCUUAGACGUGUAGACGUUCAUCCUGCAGGGCCAAGCAAAGGACACACUUGAACUUCAAGGGUUCAGCUCUACAAAUGGACUUCUUGGUCAGGGAACAAAAAAAAAAAAGAGACUCUUCAUGAACUUAUGAAGCAUUUUAAAGGAGCACAGUUGUGAAAGAGCACAACAGAAGUGUGUGAGCAGCUGGCCUGUCCUCCUGCCUUCUCGUGGACAGAUGUUUGUCAAAGCAGCGAGAACGAACCCUGCUGCCCUUCUGCUACGUGUUGUCUAUCUCUACACUGUGGUUCAGCCUCGAAUCAAAGCACAGACACUGUCCAUCAUCAUAGAUUUACUUCCUCCCAUCUGCACACUGUAUAUUCUAUAUUUGAAGCCUGUCGGAAACAUGUACUUUACCAUUAGGACUGACUGAAACGAGUGAAUGUUUAUGUACAGUAAUAGCUACUGUUGUGCAUCUCUGCUGUACCCGAGCAUGGUGGGAACCCAGAGAAGCAGAUUAAAGCUCAACACUGUUUGGAGACCUCAGCAGAAACACUGCUUUAAAAACAAAAAAAGGAGGAAAAAAUGAAGGGUUUUAGUCUGAGACCUGCAGUAUUAACUUUAGGUCGUAUUGCAACACUGUUGUACAUUGAGGGAAAGACAUUUUGUGGAAGUCUUUAUAGCCUACAAUAUAUUAACUACUGUUGAGGUCAGUGUUGUAGUUUCGUUUUGAAUUACCGGUAUUUAUUUGCAUGAUAUUUUGAAAAUUUACAAAUUUGUGUACAUACUCUGAUGGAUAUUUUACAUUCCUGUCCACAUCCAGCUCUCCAGUACUGUGGGGAGAAGUGGGGGCGCACUAUGUGGAUAUUCGGGGUGAGAACUCUUUGCUGUGUGUAAUCGAAUGAAGCUGAAAGUUUGACUUCAGUGAAGCCUACAAUAACUGUCAGUAUUUGCAAUUUAGGUAUUUUGCAGCAGGUAAAAGCACAGAGAAGUUAAGAGUUUUGAGCAACAAACUGCCUGAUUAAACCUUUGUCAUUUAUUUAGGAAACAAGUGACACAAAACCGCGAAGAUGAUUUAUGCAUUUAAAGGCUGUAUAACAAGGCAGUGGCAUGUGUGGGGACACCCCUUUAUUAAUUAACUUUGUUUAUGAAAUAGAUUAAGUGUUGCUUAUUUAAUUUAUUUCAGUAUUAUUUUACUUGUUUAUUUAUUUGGGUAUUGUGAAUUAUAUUUGUAUUGAACAGAAAGGAACUGAAUGUGUUUGAAGCUUGCGUGGGCACACUAAACAGUUUACAAGAAAAUUGCAAAACAGACAAAAAAUAUAUAUAUACUGUAUGUCCAUGUCCUUUUAUUUACUGAGUAUCAAAACAUAAGAAUGUUAAUGUUUUUCGCUGUAACUUUUCAUUUUGCUGACGUUGUCGUUUACUCGGGACAGUUUCCUCUCUUUGUGCCAGUCUCCAAUGCCACCUCAUUUUUGUACAGACGAUGUGAAGCAGUCAGCAGAAGAUGAAGGCUAACUUUGUAAAGAUUUUGUCAGUCACAUUACAAAAAUGGAUAUUUAAAUGUUUAUAUCUUUGGUGAUUAAAUGCUGUUGAUAUUUUUCACUUCA